AUGGAACAAACGAGCUCCAAAAUCAUGGCUCGACACGGAAACUCAGGACAUGAAAAGGGGUCGGAACGUACAAUAGAUAUACUCCUUGUCUAUGUGCCCAUCAUAUCUCUGACCGGUCUGGUUCUGGCCCUGUUCAUCUACCGUCUCUGGACCGAUCUAUUAAAGCGUCAACGAUUGCACCUUGCCCUGCACUAUCCAUGCCAAAGCCCGCUCAGUCAACCAAGCUAUAUCAAAGCCAAACUGAACCAACACCUGAUCUACGCCCCACUGUUUCAGCGAAGACAUAACCGCGAGUUUCGCAUUUGCCAGGGACGCAUCCAUAUGGGAACGAUGCCUACCCGACUCGAAACACUCUUAAUUUUUGGCUAUAUUGCACUGAAUGUUGUCUUUUGUGUGGUCGCGAUUAAAUGGUCUCACGGACUCGCUGCAUCUUUGCAUACUUUGACCAAAACGACGGGGACUUUGGCUGUCGUUAAUCUGGUUCCGUUGGUGAUUACUGCUGGGCGAAAUAAUCCGUUCAUUUCUCUUCUUCGAAUCCCAUUCGACACAUUCAAUCUCAUGCAUCGCUGGCUCGGGAGGAUGAUUGUGGUACAAGCCGUGGCUCAUUCACUGGCUGCGAUAGUUAAUAUGGGACACCGAAAAGGAUGGCAAAUGAUACCGCAUACUUUAUUCAAUGUGCCAUUUUUUAUUUUUGGAUUCAUGGCUUCUGUCGCAUUCGUUGUCAUAUUCUUCCAUUCGCUGCCUCCUUUCAGACAUGCUUUCUACGAAUUCUUUCUUCAUUCGCAUAUUGUCUUGGUGAUUGUCUCUUUUGUGGGACUAUGGAAUCAUCUGCAGCAUUUUGUACACCGAUGGAUCUUCCUCGCGGCCUUGAUAGCCUGGGGAAUCGAUAGAGUAUACCGACUCGUCACAGUGAUAUGGAAAAACUGCGGUAGCCGUCUAACCAAAGCCACCAUUCAACUCCUUCCAGGUGACGUCGCCCGCGUCGAUGUAUCUACCGUGCGUCCCGGAAAGUUCAACGCAGGACAGUACAUGUUCCUUUAUAUUCCGGCUUUGGGCUUGUGGACAUCUCACCCCUUUUCUGCGGCAUGGAUGUCAGUCAGCCGGCCCAGAUCGUUCUAUUCAGAAAAGAGCGGCAACUCUGUCAGGACUCUUGUCGGCGGCGGGAAAUCGGAAAGGACGACGGUAUCUUUCCUGAUUCGGAAGAAAGACGGCUUUACUAAGAAGAUGAUGCGGUCGAUUGCAAAUGGGCGGCGACUGAACGUCAUGGCUUUGGCUGAGGGUCCGUAUGGAGGAGCACAUUCCUAUGAUUCCUAUGGAACUACUCUUUUGAUUGCCGGCGGCAUAGGCAUCACGCAUCCAAUCUCACAUCUCCGCGAACUCGUGAAUGGAUUCGUGAACCGGUCUGUGGCCACUCGUCGAAUCACGCUAUUGUGGGUUGUUCGCAGCGUCGAUCACCUGCAAUGGGUCCAGCCCUGGAUGAAUUACAUCCUAAACCACCCGGCCCUUCAAGGCGCAGUCACUUUUUCCAGCAAAAAUGCCGACCCACGCACUUCUUUCUAUGUUGAUGACGAUGCCUAUUUCCAGCAGACACUUUCCCUGUCAAUCCACGUGCAUCUCACAAGUUACUAUAGCGAUAGCGAUACAAGUUUGCCCGGGGUCGACGGACCACCACCGCCGCUGCCGCAAUCGUCGAGCCAUUGCUCAUCCCUCGUGAGCGAAGAUCUAGAUGCCACCACCGAUUUCGAUCCUAUUGAUGCCUCGGUAUACUCUGAUCAUAUGAACCUUCCGUCUCAUUUCUCGCUGUCGUCACUGUCUUCGUCGGUUCGGUACUCGUAUCCUUCUUCGUCUGACCAGAUGGCAAAAUACGCUUCAUCGUUUACGUCUUACAACUACAGCAACCCCACCAGCAAGAAAAACGACACCUACAACAAUUAUAUUAAUCAUAAUCAUAAUCAUAAUAAUAAUAACAACAAUCAAUACAAACACUACACCCACACAAAAUCCAUCCGAAACCAAGACUGGACUCAACUCGACACUGCACCCAUCACCAUCAGUCUCGGAAAACCACUCUUUCGCCAACUGCUCGAACGCGAAAUGGCUCAGCAGGUCGGAGCCAUGGCAGUCAGUGUUUGUGGACCUGGUGGUAUGAGCGAUGAGGUUCGAAAGGCUGUGAGGGAUGUGCAGGGACGGAAAGCGGUGGAUUUUUUUGAGGAGAGUUUUUCGUGGUGA